AGAUUUUAUUGGACAUGCUCAGGAUUCUACUUAUUAUGUAUGAAAACUCCUGUUUGAUCCGGUGACAAUGAAUCCUCAAGGCUUGAUAAAACCGUCAGCGUACGGUCAAGCUCUUAGCUCAUCUGCUACAGACCCACAACAUUCUCCUGACGUUGGUUUACCUGUUGUGUGCACUCCUAAGCCCGAGCAAAGUACCUGCAGCCUAUCCGUCGAACAGUCAGCCGAACACGAAGCUCCUCAUUCCAUCUUAGCAUCAUCUUUGCUGGUGCAUGUUCCACAAGAUGCGACCGUACCGUCAGUCGUUCAACACUAUCACGUUCCUUGUCCACCCGUCGUCUGUGGCGUGAAUCCUGUUUCUACUUCCAUUAACACCCUGAACCAACCAUCACCCCUGUCGAGUGAUGCUGAAGCCUCCGUUUGUCCCGAUCCUCAGAAGCAGACGACAGCGAGUUCGAAGAAACAUAAGUUAUUGAAAAAAUGCCAUCGGCAUUUGAAGCGGUUGCUUAGAAAUCCAGGAGGUUCACGUACUUCCGAGAAUGGUCCAGUUGUGUACACUUGUCAACGUGAUGAUAUUCCCGCAGUUGACCAUCGACAAUGCCUAUUGAAUCACCUCCGAUUGGAAGAGAUGCAAUCAAAGUACUCUUCCCUAUCAGAGGAGAUGGCUUCACUUCGACGACAGUUGGUCGCCGUCCAGCAUGCGUUUACCUCUCUGCGUACAAUGCUUCUCGCUUCGUUUACCGCAUCAAACACCGAUCAUCUGGAGGUACCCUCUUUAAAUGGUAUCAUCAACCCAUCUUCUGAGGACCUUUUGACGAGCUCCUUGAUCUCCUCGGGCGACAACCGUGGUACAUUUAUCAAUAACUUUUGCCUGAAUUCAGAACCACCACCCGUCAAAGUACUGCCGGCUUCCUUGAACACAGAACCUCAACUUCCAGUCACCUUUACCCAGUCCUUUGGUUCAGCUUUGGCCAGCACAGUGACAUCGGACCCUUCUAAGAUGACAGCAUCGACCACCUGGUAUCCACCAUCGGUCUUCGGCGAGAUACUAAUCCCUCGAAUGUCAGAAACAGGAAAUACUUCAGAAACCUCCAAUUGGUCCACAUUCUCGGUCGCUCCGACUACUGUUGGACCGACUCGCCAAUCACCCCUACUGUCUACCGACCACACCUCACUUACCGCUGAGCCCAAUAAGGUGAUUUCAGUUGACAAAGUUGAGAAUUUCACCCGACAGUCCCAGUCCAAGCCCGACGGAAUUGUUGAUUCACCCUUACCAGACGAAUCUUCUCAUCCGCUAGUUGUCUCUAUCCCAUCGGUUACUCAGCCAACCGGACUAAGCGUGUCACCAAACGACGUCUGGUCACCCUCAGUGAGCCUCGAUACCGUUAAGCUUGUUGGUGAAGUACGGCGCCGGCUAUUGUUUUUGAACGUUUCGCGCCGCAUGUUGAGCUCUGAGUUGAAAGGGACCAAUUACAGGACUCUAAGCUACCUGUUGCGCAAACCCAAACCCUGGUCACAGCUUUCCUCUCAUGCUCGUGAAAUUUAUUUGCAGUUGGACACCUGGUUGAAGAGUGAUGCGAACGCUGCGGGAGGCCCUCAUGGGACCUUCACGGCUUGCGAGUCUCCCUUUACAACCGCCCCACGUUCUCUUCAAUCUGACUGCCCCUCUCCAUGGACCGUGUCUGGCACAGAUGAAACUCCAACCAGUCAAGACUUGUUGGAUGAUUCGGACAAUCCAGGUGAACCAGUUCUACCCUCUCCUUUGGAAGCAUCAAUUUCUCCUAACUCCUUUAGCUCCAUGCCAACUAUGGAUUCAGCAAAUGAGCAGGAUCGUUGCAUUUCUGAUGUCCAGCACGGGUCUACAAGUAUUUUGGCCACCGUGCUUACUAACCUGACGGUGCCCAACAGGAACACGUCGGCCCAUCAAUAUGCUACACGCAAAUCUUCCAGGCAGUUAGACUUGGAAACACAACGUCGUAUUAGUGAUAUUCUCUCAGCCGCCAGAAGGGCUAUGGAAAAAGAAAAAACAGGUACCGACGAUGGUGAUGAUAUGAAGCGAAAAAAGCGUGCGGUGAUUUCUGAUUCAAGGCCCCACAUUUCUCAGGCUGUGGGCUUGGACGUCUCGAAUUCUUGUUCGUCGGCUGAUCAGCGACCAGCUGCAUUUUCCAACUCGUCUUUGUCUGCGACGCAUCUGACACUUAAGACUGAGGCCCUACGAAAUGCGGCAGUUUCUUCUAACCAUGGUUUGGCUUCUCCCCAUCAAUCGACACAGAUAUCUGCAAUUCCUACCCUCCCCACCGUCAUGUCGACUAGUGUCGCACAGCCUAUGCAAAGCGAAUUUUCGUCCUCUGGCCCACCAACUCAUGAUCAGUUCGGCUCUCCCCCUAGUUCGGCCUCCACGGGUGUUCGACCAGGCGUAAUGUCCGGACAAGUAUCCUUUUCGGAACUGGUGCAGCUGCUGGCCGCCCAAGCUGCACACAAACAGGUAGCUGUACUUCCCAAUUCGAAGGAAAACAAUAUGGUCAGCAGCACAACAAUCCAUCUAGGUCGUCGUCUAGCCCAACCUAUCCAUUCACUAAAGGUAUCGUGUGACCCGAUUGUCGUCGCGAAUGGCAAUGAUACAGCAUCGCCGUGCAGUUUGCCACCGUUAAUCUCAGCUCCUUCAAUGCCGGUCAUACUGGUUCCACCGUGUUCUCUAUCUGAACCAGUCGUCGCCAGUCCCCCAAUGCCAGCAUUGGUUCAGAUUAGUGGAAUCCCUCUGCAAGCCGGAACUCAAUCCAAUGCAGCGAGCCUCCUCACUCCUUUACAGCAGACGUUACUUCUAUUAGCUACUGCGACCAAUUCGGGUCCUCAAACCACGAUGGUGGACAACACCAAUAAUCUUCCAGGCCAUGAACUCCGUGUUUCGGCGUCAUCCAACUUUGAAGGACAUGAACCCCCACCGAUAAACGGUCAACAUCAUACUAACAAUGUGGAUGCAACUUCUUCCGGGAUUAAAGCCAGUAAAGCUUUAGCAGAUUCUGGGUCCAACACAUUUUCGGAGUCCCCCGUUCAACUCAGUCAGAAAACUAUUGCGUCGUUAUCUUCACUCACCUUCCAAGGGCUUACCGCCGCCGACGUUGACACGCUAGCUUCUGGUCUCCCUGAGCUGGACACGUGGGAUUUAUGCAUCCGUACAAAAAAUUACCUUCGUCGGCACAAUGUCUCCCAACGUUUGUUCGCUGAGGCCGUGUUUGGCAUGUCUGAAGCCUGGGUGAACGACUUACUCAAUCGAACAGAACGGUGGGCAUCUCUGACUCCACGAUCUCGGCUUGCCUAUGCGCGUUUAUAUGUUUGGCUACAACAGCCCAAUCCGAUGGAACCCAUAGUGGAGGCUCUUAUUAAUCGUCAGGCAUUGUUCCGCUCGUUACCUGCCAAUAAUUCACCGAACGUCCCCUUGAUAGACUUAACGUCUGAGCGUGAUGUUUCCAAUUCUCGUGCGGCUACAGUUCCCAACAUGGAGAUUUCGAAUUCCAGGAAGCGACCUGCCCUUACUCAGUCUAUACCAGGAUCCAGAAAUACACCGGUGAAAAUUGCGAAAUCAGAACCACCACCCUGUCCUAUUCCACCUAAAGAUGGAGGUCGUUCAUCAGAACAGUUAGAUGAAUAUGAACGACAGAGUUUGUUUGACAUCGCGAAAGCUGCGGCGGUCGCAAUGCAGCGUGCAACCAGCUCGGGUCUAAUGAAGUUCGCUAGAAGCAGAGGCCAGUCUGAGGAUUCUCCAGCAAAGAGCACAAACUCUUCACGAUCUAAUACACCUCUGAAGACAGACGCGCCUCGCUCUUUUGGUUUGGAAUCGAUCACACAUGUCAGACCGCUUGUUCUCUCUCCUGCCAAAUCGUCACCCGGACGCAAUCGUGUUGUGUUCACCCCAGCACAAAAAGAGGCGCUUGUCGCUACCUUCAACCGCCAUCCCUAUCCUCCUGUCGAGAAACUACGGGAAUUGGCCAGGCAGCUAGACUUGAACUAUAAAACGGUUUUACAUUGGUUUCAUAAUCGCCGCAUGCGCAGCCCAAAGCCCCUGCUCACACUGGAUCGAAACACCUCGACUGUGAAUGUUUUUACUGGUACAAAUGUACAGCAGCAGCCUACCGUAAAUAAUCCGUCACCGGCGAACGAUGCAUGCAGUUCAACCACCGAGCCAACCAACCAAUGCCAGUCGAACUGCGGCAAUGGGACUUUCUCAGGUGUCGCUCAACUAGCACAUUCAAAUCGCCGGAAGCGUCCAGACCCUGCCCGAUUCAUCACCCAUCGCCUGUCUUAACUCUUAUUGGUGCGAGUCUUCACUAUACCAUCGUUGUAUCUUGCUAUACCGACUCUGUCUUUCGAAAGCUAGCUGUAUUCUCCGGUGACAACUAAGCGAACCCCAAUAGUUCACUCUCCUUCAGACGAUCCGCUAGAAUGCAUUUGACAAAUCUUCUUGUUUUUUAAUCACUCAAAGUAGUUGCAAUCGUUUUGCAUUUACAAGCUAUCCGACGGGUGUGUGUACUUGAUUCGGUACGGAUCUCUUGCUUUUUCUCUCCUCUUUUUGACACUACGGAUUCAAUGUUCUUGGGCGACCAAGGUUGUGUCGUCAUCUUCGUUGUUCAUCUUACGACUACUGACAGGUUCAACUAACGCUCGCGCCCGCUCUCAUUUUCUAUUUUAUCGAUCCAAUAUUUGCCUCUUCCGUCUAGGUAUUUUUCGGUUUUCAUUUUUCUCGUUUUACGACCAGAUUCUUUGUGCAUUUUCCAUCCCAUAUUUCCUUUCUGUAUAUGCACUCUCUUUUAUACCGCUCCAUUUUUGUAUGUCGCGCUUUUUUA